AUGCUGACCAUUGCCCCUUCCCGCCCGCGUCCAGGAGCAAACGCCGGCGUCGGCUUCGCCAGCGCCAGGAAGGCCCAGAAGACGGUGGAGCAACUCAAGGCGACGGGCCAGCUCAAAGGCACGGUCUCGGCGCUGCAGCUGGACCAGACGGACCCAGACUCGGUCGAGCGCGCGGCCAAGGCGGUCGAGGAGCAGUUCGGCCGCCUCGACGUGCUCGUCAACAACGGCGCUGUCGCCUACAUCAAGAACGAGGCCGGCAACCUCGCCAUGGGCGCAAAGAUGAUCGAUGCCUUCAAGCUGGUGCUCGAGACCAACGUGGUCAGCCUCUUCACCGUCUCGGAACGAUUGGGUCUCGCCGCUGUGACAACUCAGGAUUAUAUCAUAACGCAAUGGACGAGAGUGCAGGCGGGACUGGCAACCUUGGCGCACCCUAAAAUCGGCUCUAUCUUUUCCAUAUCGGAAGCAGGAGAUCCUGUCAUUGGCAGGUUGGCUAAUGCCGUGACCGAAGGGCUCGCGAACCCGGGGCCGUUUUCCAGCGAAGCCGAGUUGGGCAUCUUCAUAUUUGCGGACAUUGUGCGCAAUACGGAACUGUUUAGGAGCGCCGACGCAUCUUCGUCUUCUGCGCAAUUUCCGCUCAACCACAUGGAUCUCGGCACGCAGAAUAUCCUGGUGGACGAGGAAUUUAAUUUCCUGGCAGUUAUCGACUGGGAAUUUGCGCAGAUCGCACCGUGGCAGGUUAACCACAAUCCCUUCCCGUUCCCGCUGUUUGGGUCGGAGAGAACAUCCGAGAGGCCCUCGAGGACCCGGGACAAGUUGCACCCAAGAACGUGGCAAGACAAGCAGCCACUCGAGCCAUGCUUCAGGGGUCGUGGGAACAGGACGCAGGCCACGGACUCGGCGAAGUGCUAUAUGCGGGAGAUGGACGUCAAGCUGAGGCGAAUGGAGUAG